AUGCCCGCUGCACAGAUCCUCAUCGUGGGAGCCGGCGUGACAGGCUCCAUGCUGGCCUUGCUCGCCAAGGACAUGGGCCUCUCCGUGCGCGUGCUGGAGAAAUCGCGUGGUGCUGGCGGCCGGAUGGCGACCUACGGCUACCGCCAUGGUGAUCGGUCCUCCCCAUUGCUUGCACAAGCAGAUCUUGGGGCACAGUACAUUACGACCAGAAGCUCGCCAGACCAUCCAGUUCUGGGUCCGCUCUACAAGCGCCUUCUCGAUGCCGGUGUCCUGAAGCCUUUUACCGCUGAGAUUGCAGGUCCAAAUCCGUAUGGAGCUGCAAGUUCAGAUGUGCGACACUUUACAGCUCCGAACGGAUUGAAAUCCGUCUCGCAGUAUCUUCUGGAGUCAUCAGGUGUGCCCGUAGAUUGGGGAGUAGCGGUGGACGACUUGACCUUGUCUGAGGCCGGGGACGUCUCCGUGUCAGUCAAGGAGGGGUCGCUGCCUGCAGACGCUGCGACAGCCAGCGUCGUGGUGUUGACACAGCCCCCGCCACAAGUCUUGGGGGCCAGCAAGUUUGGAAUGCGUGGCAGCUUUCUGCAGCACACACCAGAGACGGUCUCGACAAGCCUCAAGAAGGUGGAGUACUCCUCGCGCUUUGCCGUGGCAUACUUCUUUGACAAAUCUAAAGUUACUUGGCCUUUCACCUGGACUUGCCAGUACUUUGACAAAGGCGACGUCCGCUAUGUGGCGCAUGAUUCAGCAAAACGACACUCCACACACGAGACAAUGAUCUCGGUGCUGGUACACAGCGGGGUUCCUCUGGGCAUCGAACUUCAGGAUGAGGAGGACCCCUUCCCAACGGCCGCUGCACGGCUGCAGCGCGACCUCGAGGCGAAGCUGCCUGAGCUGCCUUGGGCUGGAGCAGAGGGAUCGAAGGUCCACAAGUGGAAGUACAGCCAGGUCUACAAAGGCUUUGGUGGUGCAAGGCUUGCACCUGACUGGGCCUGGAACGUGGAGGAAGCCAAGGAGGCAGCCCCUGGCUGCGUCCCCCUCUUCCGGACAGACAAGUCCCUCGGCCUUCUUUGCGGAGAUGCCAUGGCUCCUGCGGGCAAUUUCGAGGGAUGCGUUUACAGCGCACACAAAGCCGCAGAAGCCUUGCGCGAGCACUUCUGCAAGAGCGUUAUGUAUGUGUGGUUCGAUGCCCUCAUCAACUACCUCAGCGGCAUCGACUGGAUCGAUCCCAAGAAACCGCUGAGCAGAUUCUGGCCUGCUAACAUGCACAUCGUCGGCAAGGAUAUCCAUUGGUUCCACACGGUUAUCUGGCCUGCGAUGCUGAUGAGCGCAGGAACUCCACUGCCUAAAAGCGUGGUUGUGCAUGGUUUCAUUGCUGGCGCUGAUGGCCGCAAGAUGUCCAAAAGUCUGGGGAACGUCGUGGACCCGCAUGACAUGCUGGACAAGUUUCCCUGUGACACCCUGCGAUGGUACUUCUGCCGUGAGGCGGCCUUCGGCGACGAUGUCAGGUUCAGUGAGGACUCCCUACGCCUGAUGCACAACGCCGAACUCUGCGACAACCUGGGAAAUUUGGUGAAUCGUGCGGUGAACCUCAGCGGCGGCUCCGUGCCCCGCUGUGACGUCGAGGUGUCCCUCCCUUUCGACCUCAAAGAGCUGAAAGCCUCGGUCUCCGAGGCCUUCGAAGCCUACCGGCUUUCGGACGCGGCCGACCUCACGGUCCGGGCGGCAGCGGCGACGAACAAGUGGAUCGCGGACCUCGAGCCCUGGAAGAUGAAGGCCCACACCUCGGCUGGGACCGGGGUUCAGAGCAGCGCAGCAGGGAGCUUUGCCCAUGGCCAGGCAGAGGAUCAGCAGGCACGAAGGAGUGCAUGCCUCCGCAAGCUGCUGGAGGCGGUCUACGUUUUGGCCCACUUCUUUGCGCCCUUCAUCCCUGUGGCUGCAGAGGCGAUCUUCGCGAAAGUGGGACAGCCGCCAAGGCCCAUCGCCGACUUGCGCGAUGACUUUGCCAACCUCGAGGAUGGCAAGGAGGUCAAGGCCACCUCCUUGCUCUUCGAAGUGCUGGAGGUGAAGAAGGCACGAAACCCUUCCGGUCCUCCCUCCCUCCCCUGA